CUCUCGCCGGCCGGAAACUGCAGGAUCGAGCCCAACACCAUGGCAGAAAACAAGGAAAGAACUUUCAUCGCUAUUAAGCCAGAUGGUGUCCAGAGGGGGCUUGUUGGGGAGAUUAUCAAACGCUUUGAACAAAAGGGAUUUAAACUCGUCGCAAUGAAGUUUCUUAAAGCUUCAGAACAGUUGCUGAAAGAACAUUACAUCAGUCUGAAGGAGAGGCCAUUCUACAAUGGUCUGGUUAAGUACAUGAGCUCAGGCCCUCUUGUUGCAAUGGUUUGGGAGGGCCUUGAUGCAGUGAAGACUGGCCGAGUUAUGCUGGGAGAAACCAACCCUGCGGACUCUAAGCCUGGUACUAUUCGUGGAGACUAUUGUAUUCAGGUUGGCAGGAACAUAAUCCAUGGCAGUGACUCUGUGCAAAGUGCACAGACUGAGAUUAACCUUUGGUUCAAGCCUGGGGAGGUGGUGAAUUACCAGCAGUGUGCUCAGCCCUGGAUUUAUGAGUGAAUGUGCAGAGCUUCCUCCACUUGUCCUAAUCAUUCAUGUUGACUGUCUAUACAUUCAUUUAUCAUGUAAACAUUCCAAACUAGGCCAAUUGCCAUUAAAUAAAAGCAUGUUUUCUUCC